AUGCCAAUGGAUCGAUCGCCACAUACCCCGCCCCAGAUCGACGGUCCAGGCGUCCUCUCGAUCGAAUGCCUGACCGGAAGCUCGAAAGCCGACGAGUGGACCGGCGACAUGCUGCAGACCGGCGACAUAGUCGAGGAAUUGAAGAUCGGCGGCUCUGUCGUUAGGGCGCCGUUUAAGAACGGGAAAUCGGGGGUACAGAGGACCCUCCACAGCAGCUUCAAGCAGAAGAAGACGUCGAUCCGGGUCCGGGUCAGGCGGGGCUCCGGCGAUCUCGCCGAGCUGCUGGCGUGCAUCGUGCCCGGGGACCAGCUGGUGGGGAAAAAGCAGUACGUCCUGCGGGCGAUUGAUGACCCGAAUUACGCCGUCGGGUUUGUUGAUAGGACCGAGAGCGAGUGCUUGAAUUUGCAGUCUUCAAGGCACUCGAGGAUGGUGAGUGCCUUGGAGAGGACCCCACUCCUUGAUGGUUACGUCCCGUAUCCAUGGGACCGGAGGAUGCACGAGAUGCUGCCGGUCCCCAGUUCAAGCAGCUUCUACUCCGUUUUGUUCCUGCCGAAAGCCUCCAAUGGAGUUGGUACACUUUAUAAUGACCUGGAAGACACGCUAGCCCGGGCCCACACGUGGAUCAAUGCUUCCCAGGCGUCCGGUGUUCCCACUGUCUUGAUCAACAUUCAAACCGAAUCCCUCCUCACCAAGGUGUCUGGGGAAACUGCUUCUUCGACUGUAAAUUCUGGAUCAUUAUCGGAUUUGUCGAACCUUGCGAACACAAGCCUCUACGGUUUCGAGGACUACCAUGGGGUCGACAUCGGUGUCGUGAGAGGGGUUCGUUUGUGGUUCUCCCCUCUCGCAGGGGAGAUCCCUCUCGAGAUCAGAAUCGGAGAAGAAGACACGAAACUCGGCUUUGCCAUCAGCCGAACAGAAGAGGGAUUCAUUUACAUAUCAUCCGUGAUGCAAUCAUCGGACGACAACCAUGAAACUCCGUCAUCUCGUUCGGGGCUGAGCCAGCUGUACAGGCAGGCGUGGGCUGCCUCCCGUCUCCUGGUUGUUUCGCGAGUGUCAAGCCAAAAGGUGGUCCCAUGGAUGGUGUCCUCAGCAGGUGCCGUCAGGUGCUUCGACACGGUGUCCCUCAGCCGGAAGCUCUCACUCCACCGCCACACUAGGAUUCCAAUUCUCCUGCACGUUCUCAUUUGGGAUAAAAGCGUAAAUUACGCGAAUGCAGGCAGCAUCCGGGCCCGGGCCAUGUCGACUGAAGUCCAUCUAGCGAGCCCGGCCGUUAACGAGAUUGGUCGGGUGAUGGAGGGUUUUGAUCGUGUGGAUGAGGAUGAGAGGAGAACAGGAGAUGAUCAUCAGCUGGAAAGAGAUAUGGCCGGUGAGUUAUCUUUCCGGUUUCGUGAUUUCGGCAUCACUGAUAAUUGGGUGUGA